AUGGCUUCAGCAAGCCUAGACCAGCUGGUCAAGGGAUCUCCAGCUCCCAGCGGUCGCCUUGCCUCGUCUACAACCUCGUCGUCCGAAUCGCUGGCGCCUCCGUUCCAAACCUAUUCUCCAUCGUCCGAUCUCUCUUCCCCGCCUCGGUCGUCGACGCCCGAUCCACUGUCGACUCUCCCCUCUUCUCCACCCCAAAUCUACCUGAACCUUCUCAUCCUCGAGAGCUCGCUGCGAGCCCAGUAUCUGGCUUUGCGGGAACGCCGACGACAGAAUACGUUUUUUCUUCUCUUGCUUGCCGCCUGGAUCGCCUACUUUGCCUACGCGCUCUUUCUCCGCCCGCGCGAAGAUGGCCGCGGCGUCGGUGGUUCGGUCUACUGGGUGGUUGAGAUGGGAGAAAAGGUCGCUCUGAUGGGCGGCGUGGUCACUGCGCUACUGGUCUGGGGAACAGGGCAAUGGGAACGUGGAGUCCGUUGGCCGCGGCGCUGGCUCGCCGUGGCCAACCGCGGCCUCCGCACGAUGAACACCAAGAUCGUGGUCAUCCGAGGUCCCUGGUGGCAGGAACUUUUCUCCUACCUCUCCUUCUUAUUUCCCUUCUCUGCACCCUUUUUCCCGUCACCAGUAGGAGAUUUCCACUACGUGGAGCGUCCCGUGGCCGAGAAACGCGGUAGUCGGCAGCACUACCAGCAGUACUACAACCACGACACGGAAUCGGGUCUUGUCCAGGAGGAUCUCAGUCCAGGAGGCGACUACAUUCGGCUUCUUCUACUGCCCAAGUCUUUUUCGCCGGAGUUCCGAGAGAACUGGGACGAAUACCGCAGCGAAUUCUGGGAGAAGGAGAAUGAUCGUCGGGCACAAUUGCGUCUGAAACUGCGCCAAAAGGAGCGCCAACUAGCUCAGCAAUUUGGGGGCUGGUUCUGGUGGAUCGGACUUGGUUGGAGGGCGUCGCAACGCCGGCGAGUCGCUGCCGCGGCCAUCAGACCCGCAGACGCCGACAAGGGCCAACAUCGCUCCCACCAUCACCACCAUUCCAGCAUCUCCAAGCAUAUUCACGAGCCCAAGUCUCCCUCUCGCCGAGGUACACGCUCAGAGUCGCAUUCUCGCACUCCAUCCCGCAGCACUACCCCUGUUGACACCGACGAUCGACCGCCGUCCAGAUCGUCCGUGAGUGGCCGUCCCCGUCGCGGAAGCACGAGUCCAGGCACCGAACAACAUAUCCAGCAAGCACGGAAGAAGAGGGGCUCCAAGACAGUCACACGCGGACUAACCCCCUUGACGCAGGCACAGAUUCGAGAGGGCGUACGCACCCCAUCGUUCUCAUCCGACGAUUCCUCCUUCAUGGGCACCCCCAGCGAGAAGGAGAAACCCAAGGAAGACGGCGUUGAAUAG